UGUUUUUCCAACUUUGAUGCCGUUUCAUUUAUUACGAGUAUGAGGUUAUAACAACAAGAACACUACAACUAGUAGUCUACUACCACACUAUCCAAUCAAAGGCUGACUUCUCCUCCCACAAAAAUCCCAUAACAAAGUUUCAAUUUUUACGGUGUCUUUGAAAUAUUUCAACCCAAAUUACUUGAAUCUGUGAAAUCAUGGCUCAAAACCCCAAACCCAGAAGCAUUAUUGAAUCUUUAGGUGAAGAAAUUGUGAGAAUCAUAACCCCUGUUUCAAUUUGUAUGUUUUCCGUUGUGAUUCUUGUGUCAAUCUUGAACAAUUCAGAGUCUUCUUCUGCAUCGAUCACAAGUGUAGCCACUAUUGCUUACUCUGAGGACUCUUCAGAUUCAUUUUGGGAUAAAUUUGAAGGUGCCCUUUUGAAUUCACUUGUUUUUGUUGCUGUUGUCACUGUUGUUACCUUCAUUUUGGUGCUGCUUUUUUACUUGAGAUGUACUAGUUUCUUGAAAUAUUACAUGGGGUUUUCUGCUUUUCUUGUGUUGGGUUUUAUGGGUGGUGAGAUUGGUCUGUUCUUGAAUCAGUAUUUUAGUGUUCCUGUGGAUUGUGUUACAUUUUUGUUGGUUUUGUUUAAUUUUACUGUGGUGGGGGUUUUGGCUGUGUUUAUGUCAAAAAUGGCGAUUUUUGUGACACAAGGGUAUUUGGUUGUGAUUGGGAUGUUGGUUGCUUAUUGGUUUACGCUUUUGCCUGAGUGGACUACUUGGAUGCUGUUGGUCGCUAUGUCGUUGUAUGAUCUGGCGGCUGUUUUGUUGCCUGGGGGGCCAUUGAGGCUUUUGGUUGAGCUUGCGAUGGCUAGGGAUGAAGAUAUUCCAGCUUUGGUUUAUGAGGCCAGGCCGGUUUUGGCUAGUGAUCUGUCACCGAGGGAAAAUGUGAUUCCAAGACGGUUAUGGAGGGAACCUCGGAGUGGUGAUUCUACUUUAAAUGAGAAUAUGACCACUAGGUCCAAUGUAGUUCCGAAUGUUAAUGCUGUUUCGAGGCUGGAAAGUAGUCAAACUGUAGGUAGUAUUGUCAAUGCCGAGGAGGGGCAGGGAUCAAGAGGGAUAUCUGAGCUUACUGCACCGCUAAUUGAACAUAGAAUUAAUGUGCAGAUGCAUUUAGCACAGCAGGCUGUCGAAACGGAAAACUUGGUUCUGGAGGGAAUUGGAUUAGGAUCAUCGGGUGCAAUCAAGCUGGGACUCGGGGACUUCAUCUUUUAUAGUGUGUUAGUUGGUAGAGCUGCAAUGUACGAUUUCAUGACAGUGUAUGCAUGCUAUCUUGCUAUUAUAGCCGGACUUGGCAUUACUCUGGUGCUCCUUGCCUUUUAUCAGAAAGCUUUGCCUGCUCUUCCCGUGUCUGUUCUGCUAGGUGUGUUGUUUUAUCUAUUGACUCGGCUAUUACUUGAAGUUUUUGUUGUGCAAUGUUCUGUGAACUUAAUAAUGUUUUAGAAGCAGUAGUUGUCUUAAGAAUAUUACUGUAAUACUUCUGCUAAUGUAACUUGUACAACUAAUCAAUUGUUGGUUGUUGUGCCAACCUUUAGCUCUUUUUUGAACUUGUGAUAAA